ACUCAGACUCACUAACAAAACAAACAAGAACAAAAACAAUACCAAAAAAAAAAACAGAAACAUGUUUCUCUUUUGAGGUUUUUGUUAGUCGUCGCUCUCACUCUCAUCAGCAACCCUUUUCGUCUCUUAUAAAAGGGAUUCAACCGUUUACUCUUAACUUUUUUUUUCUGCCCAAAAAACCUUUCUUUUUCUCUCUCUAACCCUUUUUCUUGAACCCCACUUCAUAAAACCUGGGUUUUGUUUCUUAACAAACAAUAACCUAACGACGUAGAACGAUGAAUGUAGCUUUAAACUUUCUUUGUUUUUUCCGCUGAGGCCAUUCUUUGACUUCACUUCUAGUUUUUAUACCAUGUUCUCAAUUCUUGACGACCCUUUCUUUUCUCUCUCUUUAAUCUUGAUCCCCUUUUACCCAUUUCAUUAAGACUUAUAAAAAUCGAUUUUUUUCAUCUGGGCUGUUGUCGGUUUGGUGGGUCUUCAAUGGUUUGAGUUUGGGAACGGUGUUUUUUUAUAGGGUUUUUCCUUGACCAAUUUGGGGUUGGUUUAGGAACAACCCAUCAUUGUCAUUUUUGUUGUUGUCUUCGUUUAAUGUGGUAGAGUAGAGUGGUUGUUGUUGUUGUGGUGGUGGUGGAUUGAAGAAUGUCUAGUGACGAGGUUGAUCCUGUUUUUGUGUCGUGGGAGGAGAAAGUGAUAUGUCAAGAACGUGGGAACCGAGUGAUUCAUUUCUACUUGAAACAUGUGUCUGGGAUUUCUGUGCUUUCUGUUGUUGGAACUGAGAGGAGUGUGAGACACAUGAUGUAUGUUGUUCCUCAGCAAUUUUUGCAGGCAUAUGGAUCCACCACCAGUGCUUUUAAAUGGAGGGCAAGGAGGGAGGUUGUUGACUGGCUCAACCAUUUGGUUUCUAGGAAUCAAUCACACCAUGCUGGUGCGGAGCUGGAUGAUUCAGCUCAAGCUGCAGGAUCUAUCGAUAUAUUAGCAGAUGGAAUCAAUGCUAAUAAAAAGAAAUUACUUGAUAAAAUGAUUUCUAGGAAACUGAGGUUUCAAAGUUCCGAUAUUGAAUGGUCAGGCCUAGCUUGGUUUUGUGCUAAACAGCUAAAGCACUACUCAGGGUUUUACAGGAACGGGACAACCAUAUAUGUUCAUUCAUUUGUGUACAUUAUGUCUGAAGAGGAAAAUCACUAUCUUGGUUACUUGGAAGACAUGUAUGAAGACAAAAAGAAACAAAAAAGGGUGAAGGUGCGUUGGUUUCACCGUGGUGAGGAAGUUAAGAAUGUGAUGCCAGAGCUGGAACUUCAAGAGGGUGAGGUUUUCAUCACACAUAAUGUUCAGGUGAUUAGUGCUGAGUGUGUCAACGGUCCUGCAACAGUUAUGACUCCUAAGCAUUACGAGAAAUACCAAGCUGAUGUGUCAAACACCUCCUUAUCUGAGAUUCAUAUAUGCUAUAGGCAGCUUAAGAAUAAUAAGCUUAAACCCUUCGCACUUACUAAGUUGCGCGGUUAUAGUAACCAGUCUAUACUUUCUAGUUUGGAUAGCCCUACUCUUUCGAAAAGAAAGGCGAACUGUCCAAAAUUGCACGCAGAAGAUGAUGAGAACUUCACUCAAGAUGAUCCUUUGAGGUCCAGCAAUAAGAGGAAUAGAAGUUCUAUAGACUAUCCGGCACCUGAUAAAGGUUCUUCUGGUCUGCAAAACUCUUCUCCUACAAAUGAGAUGUCAAAAGGUGAACCAAAAUACCCAAGUCUAAAACUUAAACUGUCGAGAAAAACAAUGGGUAUUAAGGUUAUUGGACCUAAGCCUCAACUGCCUUUUAAAGUCAAUGAAAAGAUAGAGUUUCUCUGUCAAGAUAGUGGCAUUCGAGGAUGCUGGUUUAGGUGUAAAAUCUUGAGUAUGACUCAGAAACAGCUGAAGGUUCAGUAUGAUGAUCUGAUGGACGCAGAUGACGAGGAGAAACUUGAGGAAUGGAUCCCUGCGUCCAGAGUGGCAGCUCCUGACAAACUGGGUAUGCGAUGUUUAGGCCGCUUAACUGUACGACCACGCCCUCCUGAAUUUGCUAAAGUUCAUACUUUUGAGAUUGGAGCAGCAGUGGAUGCUUGGUGCGGUGAUGGAUGGUGGGAAGGUGUUAUAACUGCUGUUGAUGUUUCCGAAACUGGAACCUUGCAGGUUUAUUCCCCCGGUGAAGAGAAGUUUCUAUUGGUUGAAAAGAACGACAUUCGGAUUUCCCGAGAUUGGAUUGAUGACAGGUGGCUUGAUAUAUUGGGAAAGCCUGACAUUUGCAGCUUUUUAUCUUCAAAUGCCGAUUCUCGCACCAAGUUGGCAGCUAACUCUGCAGUGGUGGAUGGAUCUAUGAAUGGCGGUUCUGCAAUAACUGAAAGCAAAGUGUCGCCAAUUGCCAAAGCUGAUGUUGCUGAAAAGGUUGAGCCAGAAUCAUCUGGUUUGGAAGCACUUAAUGCUGGUAUGAAGAGAAUGACUUUAUGGAAACCGCCUCUCCACGCCAUUCAUGAAGACGAGGAUAACGACAACUCUGGUGGUCGCUGUGAUGGUAAUACUGACAAUGUAGACGAUGAAAUCAAACCACUCCAUGCCAUUGAUAAAGACAGGGAUCGUAACUCUGGUAGUAGCAGUGAUGAGGGAACUGAGAACAAUGGCAAUGAUGUGGACAACACUGGAGGAGAUGGCAGCGAGGAAAAGUUGGCGAUGGAGGAAAAUUUUGGUUGUUCUGAACCAAAACUUGAUGCAGCAGGAGCAAUACAAGUUACAUGAAUAUAUAGUUGAAGGUGGAUUUAUGGUGUAUAUAAUAAUGAAAUGAAACUUCAGGGUAGCAGCAAUAUAUAUAUAUAUUAAUGCAGAGAGAGGAUAAUGGUCUUUAAGGUUCUUACUCUAGGUAAUUGUAGUGUAUAGCUUAUGUUUUUGGGUUGAGAGUCUUUGAUAAGAUGAACAAUCUUUAAGGGUUAUAUAUUUUAGGGUCCUUGUUUAGUUCAUGUGGGUUGUUAGAUGCUGCACAAUUGCACAUAUAUCCGCUGAAACUUGAAACUGCAUGCAUAUCAAUGAGUUUUUAGACCAAGGGUAAAGUUUGUAAUUUGAGAUUUUAAGUAGUUUUUACCUUUGAUUAUGAACCAUAUUAGAUUUUAUCUUGAAAAAUUUGCAGAAUGUGUAUGCACCUAUUCAUAUGGUUGGCUGUAUGUAACCAUAUUAAUGAUCGAAAAAUGUCGUUCUAUCA